GCUUCUUUUAGUACAUUUCCGCAAAGUUUCCCGCAGCCGCCGCAGUUCCUGAUCCAUGUAAAUCCUCCAGGCCCAUUAGAAUCCCUGGAAGUUUUUUUUAAUUUAUUUAUUAAUUAGAUCGAGUAAGAUGAGUGAAAUCAAACCCAACGACGCUGCGUCCGAGCCGAGCGGAGAGGAUAAAGACUGGGCAGCGGCCAAGGCGUUUUUUGACAACCUGAAAACCAAAGUACCGAGACCGCCCAAGCCGCAGUAUGCUGUGACCAUCGCGGUGUCCUCUCGCACCCUCUUCAACAUGGUGGCAGAGAGGAAGAUCUUCGUGGAGGAAGGAAUGGAGAAGUACGUGGCUCAUCAGGUGGAGCAUGAGAACGAGCCUCUGAAGCCAGGAGCUGCUUUCCCUUUCGUCAAGGCACUGAUGAACGUAAACGCCCGGCUGAGGGAGCUGUACCCAGACAGCGAGGAGCUGUUUGACAUCGUCCUGAUGACCAACAACCACGCCCAGGUUGGAGUUCGCCUCAUAAACAGCAUCAAUCACUACGGUUUGACCAUCGAGAGGUUCUGCAUGACAGGAGGACAGAGUCCCAUCGGUUACCUCAAGGCCUACAUGACAAAUCUGUACCUUUCAAAAGAUUCCAAUAAAGUCACAGAAGCCAUUGAGGAGGGAAUCGCUGCAGCGACCAUGUUCAUGCCAGAGAAGGACAGUGGGCUGAGCGACACCCAGCUGAGAGUGGCGUUCGAUGGCGAUGCUGUCCUCUUCUCGGACGAGUCCGAAAUCAUCGUCAAGCAGCACGGCCUCGACACCUUCUUCGAGCACGAGAAGAAAUUUGAGAACCUGCCUCUGGCUCAGGGCCCCUUGAAGUGUUUCCUCGAGGCUCUCGGGAAGCUCCAGAGAAAAUUUUAUGCCAAGAACGAGCGUCUCCGUUGCCCCAUCCGAACCUUCCUGGUCACGGCCCGCAGCGCGGCCAGCUCCGGGGCUCGCGUCCUGAAGACCCUGCGCAGCUGGGGCCUGGAGAUCGACGAGGCCCUCUUUCUGGCUGGGGCUCCCAAAGGGCCUCUCCUGCAGAAAGUCAGACCGCACAUCUUCUUCGAUGACCAGAUGUUCCACAUCGAGGGUGCACAGGAACAUGGAACCAUUUCGGCACACGUUCCCUACGGGAUUGGACAGAAGUACAACAAGAGCAAACUCAUCGAGGAGCCAGAGAAGACGAAGUAACCGACGAAUAAACGUGUAGCAUAAAAAUAACACUACAGCAUAGUUAGCUGUGAUGCAAGAGAUCUGCCCUUUCCUCAACACCAGCUAGAUGACGUUUGUUCACUCUCUCAUUCUUGGCAAUAAUGUUGCACUUUUUAUAUUUUAUACACUGAGGUAUACUACCAGGGUUGAAUUUAAGUAGCCAAGGAGGAAAACCGAUGCUGUCGUUUGGUUUUACUCAUCUUUGUUGUCCAUUUUUUAAACAAACUUUGAUAUUUCCGUAGGAUAAAACACACAAACGUUUACAUGUUUUCAGUAGUAGAACUAUGCAAUUAAAAGAAGAAACACACACCUGGCACACUUAGUUUUUGCUGCUAAAGCUGGACUUUUCUAACUUUCUUCACUUCUUUUGACAACACAUUGAAACGCCUUUUUGUACUAAAAAACUUUUCUACGUUUAGCUUAUUUUUUUUUACGUGCACAUGGAUUCUUGACCCAGGAGUUUAGGAUCACACCGAGCUCUAAGCAAUGCGUCGGAGUCUUUGGCAGGGCUGAGAAGUGACUCGCUGUAAAACAGUAUAUUAGGCAUUUAAUGCUGAUUUUUGCAUGCACUCCUCUUUAUUUAACUUGGUUAAUUUUAGAUAUUUUUAAUAUAUUGAGCGUAUUCCCGGUUUACAUGAAAAAAGCAUCCAAAACUAAAUAUUUUCUUCUGGCUUGUGACACUGAAUAAAAGCACUGAUUGUCAAUUCUUGUGCUGUGUCACAUUAAUGAAAAUAAACUAAUGUGGAAGAUUA